GUGUGGUUUCCGCACCAAGAUGGCCGCCGCCUGCCGCGCCGGAGUCCGGCUGCGGCCCCGCCGCCUCUCCUUCGGGACCCCACUGCUGUGUGUCUCUCUUUGCUUCCUGUGCGGGGCCCCAGUGGCUGUGGACGCCGUCCCCGAGCUCGGGCUCUGGACCGAGUCUGUCAGUGACAAAUCAGGACCUUUGAUAUUUAGGAAAACUAUGUUUAACUCUACUGAAAUCAAGUUUUCUGUAAAGUCAUUCAGUUGUUCUGGGCCGGUGAAGUUUACCAUAGAGUGGCAUUUGAAAUAUCAUACCUGUCACAAUGAAUAUCCUGAGCUGGAAGAGAUGUCUCAAAAACAUGAACUGCAUUUUGAUGAAGAUUUGUGUAGUUAUUUCAAGAAUAUUGACUGUUGGACAACAAAAAAUGAAAACUUAGAUUGCAACAGUGAUUUGCAAGUGUUUCCCUCAUUACAUAAUAAAGAACUAAUGAGUGUGAGAAAUAUUUCAAACCAGGAAGGAUCACUGGAUGUUGUAGCCAAGACACAGAGGGAUGGCUUUCAUAUCUUUAUUGUUUCUAUUAAAACGGACCAAACAACUGCCAGCUGGAAUCUGAAUGUUUCUCUUUCUAUGAUGGGGCCUCAUGGAUAUAUCUCUGCAUCAGAUUGGCCUCUAAUGAUUUUUUAUAUGGUGAUGUGUAUUGUUUAUAUAUUAUAUGGUGUGCUCUGGCUGACAUGGUCUGCCUGUUACUGGAAAGAUAUAUUAAGAAUACAAUUUUGGAUUGCAGCUGUGAUUUUCCUAGGAAUGCUUGAAAAAGCAAUUUUUUAUACGGAAUACCAAAACAUCAACAGCACUGGAUUGUCAACCCAAGGUUUAUUGAUAUUUGCGGAGUUGAUAUCUGCGGUUAAAAGGACAUUGGCUCGUCUCCUUGUGAUCAUUGUGAGCUUGGGCUAUGGCAUUGUGAAGCCCCGUUUAGGAACAGUCAUGCACCGAGUGGUUGGACUGGGACUGCUUUACUUGAUCUUUGCAGCUAUUGAAGGUGUAAUGAGAGUCAUUGGGGCGAAUGAUUCUGAUCUUGUUCUUCUGGCCAGCCUCCCCCUGUCUCUCCUUGACUCUGGCUUGUGCUGGUGGAUUUUCAUAAGUUUGGCACAGACUAUGAAGACUCUAAGGCUAAGAAAGAACACAGUGAAGUUUUCAUUGUAUAGACACUUUACUAAUACUCUUAUAUUUGCUGUACUUGCCUCUAUAGUGUUUAUGGUGUGGACAACUAAGACAUUUAGAAUUGCAAAAUGCCAGUCCGACUGGAUGGAGCUCUGGGUUGAUGAUGCAUUUUGGAGCUUCCUUUUUUCACUUAUCCUUAUUGUAAUAAUGUUUUUGUGGAGGCCAUCGGCAAAUAAUCAAAGAUAUGCAUUCAUGCCCUUAAUAGAUGAUUCUGAUGAUGAAGUUGAAGAAUUCAUGGUAACAUCUGAAAAUUUAACUGAAGGAAUAAAAUUAAGAGCCUCAAAAACUGUUUCCAAUGGAACAGCUAAGCCUACUUCUGAAAACUUUGAUGAAGAUCUGAAAUGGGUGGAAGAAAAUAUUCCCUCUUCAUUCACAGAUGUGGCCCUUCCAGUAUUAGUGGAUUCAGAUGAGGAAAUUAUGACCAGAUCUGAAAUAGCUGAAAAAAUGUUCUCUUCAGAAAAGAUAAUGUGAUUGGAACCUGUGUAAUUGAAACUCAGUUAAUGGUAAAGGAUCACCUUUCGUGAAGACUGAAAGAGAGCUUUGUUGUGAUAUAAUGUAAUAAGUUCUCACUGUGUUAGUUAUCUUGGAAGUCUUUGUAUUAAACUGAAGAAUUCAAGUGGGAAGAUUUUUUUAUUGUUGCCAUAAAGCCAACUUUUAAAUGUCAGCUUAAUUUCUUUUACCUGGAUUUGGAAAUAAUCUGAGAAAAGUAUUAUGACACUGAGAUAUGCACAAAUACUUGUUAGGUGGCAGUGACAGGAAUAUGGAUUUGGGUCUUCUUUUCUCUGGAAAAUAUGACUAUUUCAGAUUUGUUUAAAUUAUAUAAACACUCCUAUUUUUUCUUCUCAUUUUUGAGAUAAUGUAUUUUUGAGGUGUAUUGUCUCCAUCUUGUAGAUUUAUAGUUACUAGAUUCAAUGAUAAUUUUUUUGACUUUUAUGCUAAAGUGAUUUUGGAUGAUAAGGCAUGAUUUUUAUGUGUUUCAUUUUGCCUUUAAAAAAUUUUUUUUGUCUGCACAAAGCUCUUAUUUGGAAAUAUCACCGUGCACAUGAAAUCAUGGAGUUAGAUCUUCCCUGAGCUCAGGGAAUACAAGUACACAAGGAGAAAAGUCUUGAGGGUCAGUUCCAAAAAUGUGCUCUGCCAUUGUUCCCUUCCUCAGGCCUCCAGUACACAUACUGCUGCUAACUGUAGGGCAGUUGAUGGACCCCAGGCCACAUGGUUCCCUAGUGCACUUUCUACCCCCAGGGAGCUGGCAGCCCCAUUCCUGGUGAUCCUCCUAGGAAGCACUUGUAUUGUUUACAUUAUCUUAGCAUUUUCUAAAUCAUAAUAAAAAGAUAAUUUAACUUCA